UGCAUCAGUUCACAGUCGCAGUUCUAGUCUCGGACACGGAAUCAGAGCUUAAUCAGAGCUUAAACAAAUCGCAUGCCAAACUCGAGUGUUAACAAGUUCACAAUCAUGAAAGUGUUUAUAUUUUUGCUGUGCAUUUGGGGAGUGGAGUUAACAAAUGGUCGAUAUGCUCGCUGCAUAAAUCCCAAUCAGCGAGCUGGUCUCUGUGUGCAGAUCAGUGAGUGCCAGACCUUGUAUUCGGUGUUGCAGCAACCGAAUCUGUCGCCCAAUGAAAAACAGUUUGUUCGAGAGUCCGGUUGUGGUCGGGGCAGCGAUAAUCGUCCCUUUGUCUGCUGCACUGCGGACACAGGCUACACUCGCAGUCGCCGUAUAACGCCGAAUUUUCCCGACUACGGCGACUUUGGAGAGAGCUUUAAUAACAACUUUAAUAGCUUCGACUAUGGCUGGAAUCAGGCGCCAUCCAGUGAUCAACGCACUGUGCUAUUUCCCAGACAGGAGACGCGUCCCUGGAGCUUUGGCAACGAACAGAGCAACGAUAGAGAUUUUGGUCGCUCUCAAACGCAACAGCCACAGGUGCAGCAACAACAACAAGGCGACGGCUCCAGUUUGUUGCCCCAACCUCCAACCUGUGGUGGCGUGACCAUCGACAACAAAAUUUACGGUGGCGAGGAUGCCGAUCUCAAUGAGUUUCCCUGGACAGUGCUGCUGGAAUACAGACGCCUCAAUGGCAACGGACUCUCUACCAGCUGUGCGGGAACGUUGAUCAAUCAACGUUAUAUUGUGACUGCAGCACAUUGUCUCACAGGACGCAUAGUACGCGAAAUUGGACCACUUGUCUCGGCGCGUCUUGGCGAGCACGAUACGCGCACCGCUGUCGAUUGUCCGCCCGGUGGCGGCGCCUGUUCACCGGCUGCCCAACGUCUGGGCAUCGAGGAGAUGCGCGUCCAUGAGUUGUACAAGGAGACGACCCCCAAUCAAAUGCACGACAUUGGCCUGGUGCGUUUGGAACGCGAUGUUCGCUACUCGAACAGCAUUCAACCUGUCUGCCUGCCCUCUGUGGUGGCGCCGGAAACGAAGCGUGCCGGACAGCAAUACACCGUAGUUGGCUUUGGCCGUACUCUCAAGACCGCACGCAGUCCCAUCAAGCAGAAGCUGGUCGUUGGCUACGUGGAGCCGGCACAGUGCCGCAACAAGUUUGCUGAGCGCAAGAUUAGCAUUAUGCCCACUCAGCUCUGUGCGGGUGGCGAAUUCUCGCAGGACAGCUGCGAUGGUGACUCUGGUGGUCCGCUGAUGCGAUUCCGCGACAACUCGUGGGUGCUGGAGGGCAUCGUUUCCUUUGGCUACAAGUGUGGUCUUAAGGAUUGGCCGGGUGUCUACACAAGCGUUGCUGCCUACGACAUCUGGAUUAAGCAGAAUAUCAGAGCCUAAGCGAGAGAGUCUUUUCUUUUUGUUGUUGCUAAGUACUAAGUAGUUUUAGUUUUAGUCGAAAGCUCGUAUUGUGAUCUUGCCGCUCAUAUUCGCACAAAUUAUUCAUGUAUUCAUUUAACACACAAUUAAAUAUUUAUUCAUAAGUGUUAGCUACUCGUGUAUUUAGUAAAUAAAUAAAAAAAAAAAAUAACAAUUAACCA